AUGGAUAAUAACGUCGAUCCUUUACUUAAAUCACUUAAUCAUACACUCGAAAGUUUACAGAGUAAAUAUGAUUUCUUAGCACAACAAAGGGAUCACUAUCUUCAAAUACGAGAACGUUUAUUUGAAGUCAGUGAAAGACCCACCGUCUCCGAUGAAGAAAAGCAAAAUGGAGUAAUUUUCGGUGAUGUAAUUAUAUCAGAUAAUAAAGUCUUUUUAAAUAUUGGUUAUGAAUAUUAUAUCGAGAAAAGCCGUGAUGAAGUUAUUGAAUUUAUUUCAGAUAAACUACGCUUAAUGGAAGAGGCCAUGACAACGUUCCAUGCUAAAAUUGACGAAGCUAACGGUACUUUACAAAACUUAACUACUUUGAAAAAGUUUGAUGAACAAACUAUUGGUGAUGAAGAAGAUGAAGAUGAACUGCUUCCUUCAAUGGAAGUUCGAGAAGAAUUAGAUGAGGAAGGAAAUGUAAUAACAGCAUCGGUAAGACCAGCUACAAACAAAAAUAGUAUAAAAGAUUUGGAAUCUAAGUUAAUGAAAGUUGUUAAUGGAAAUGCUAAUGAUGAUGAUUACAAACAAAUACAUGAUAAUAAAGAAGAUAGUGAUGAAGAAAAUGACUUUGUAAAGAAUUUAAAAGGAAAACUUUCAGUGAGUGACAAACCAAGCAUAUCAGAACCACCUAAGAUGACUGAGAAAUACAAUAGAAUUGAUGCUGAUAGUGUGUAUACGUUUGCUGAUCUGGUAGAACAAUUAGAUGAACAAGAUGAAUUUUCUGAUGGAUCUAUACAUGAAAAUGAUAUCAAAUACGAUUUUGAGUCAUAUGACACAGCGAAUGGAGCCUACAGCACGGAUGAAGACGAAGAUGAGGAUGAUUUAGAUAUAUCACUAGUACCAGGAGCUAUGGCUCAAUCGUCGUUCAUGAAACAAAUUAUGGAAUUACGUAACUCGAGAGCCGUAUCUAGUGAUAAAGAAGACCUUAAGGAAGAAUAUACACAAAUCAUAGCGAGUGAUAACGAUAUUGUUGCUACCAAAUCUGUUAAAGAAAACACCGAACAGAACCAUAAAGCCGAUACCCAUAAGAAGUCGAUUCUUAAAUCAACAUGUAAAGAAGAUGAGCUUUCUAAAUCGAAAAGGAAUGUUGGAUUCGCACCUGAAUUAAAUGUCAUCGAAGUGGAAAAUUUCAAAGAGGAAACAAGGAAGCAAACUCAUAAUUUCCCUCGUCCACAAUUUACCGCCUUUGAUAAUGAAGAGAUUGAUGAUGACGAUGAUGAUGAUGACAAUCCUGCUGACUUUGAUGCUGAUUUAUUUGCACAAUUGAUAGGUGCUCAACCCCCGGAUGAAAUACAUGAUAAAUACAAAGAAAUAGUCAAAAAGGAACAAAAAAUUGAGCAAGACGAAAUUAUAGUGCAAGAGAAAAGAAAGAGAAGAGUUUCUAGGUUUAAAAUGGACAGAUCCAGUACAGACGUGAAAACUUCACAAGAUGUACCAUCUCAAGAUUCCUGCGCUAAAAAUAAAUUAAAUGAGCCUGAACCACUUGUUGGUGACAUUAUAGAUAAAGACGAUGAAAAUGAAGAUGACGAUGAAGAGAUAGUUGUGAAUGAAGAUAUUGUUGAAAAUGAUCUAGAAGGAAAUGAUGAAGUAGUCAAAGACUACAUUAUCGAGAAGGUGAUAGAAGACGAAAUAAUAGAAAAUAACAAUGAGGCAAUGCUGGAUGUUGUGGCGAAAGAUGGAGAUAAAAAUGAUCUAAAAGCAGCAACGCAAACAAAAAAAGGAAAUAGUUUCUUUUCAAAAAAGAUGAAUUCAUUACGUAAACCUAUAUCAUCAUUGAAGAACUCAGCUAAUUCCAAGAUCAAAAUGGAAGAAUUAUUAGCAAGCAUAAACGAUGAUGAGGACAAUAUAAAUGAUAAAGAAGUGACUGAUGACGAACAACACGUAUGUAAUCAUUCACAUGAAGGUAACAAGAAAGUAACUAGCAAAAUUAAUGAAAUAUCGAGAACAGAUCUGAAGACCAUAGACAAAAAUGAAUCUUCUUUCCCCAAAGAUAUAGUGGAUGCGAUCCGUAAAAGAGAAGAGGAGUUAGAAAAAAAUGGGAAGAUAGCGAACAUUGAUUAUAUGACAUUGGGUGAAAAUAUUGACGACAUGACUAAAGCAUAUUCAUUAGGCUUAUAUGAUGAUGAUCUCGAAGAUGACCCUGGAGCUAUUUUAGAGAAAGUUGAAGAUUUUACAGAGUAUAAUAAGCAUGUUGAAGAAUUGAAAGACGAAAUCAAAGAGUUUCAAUUAUCGAAUCCGAUAGUUGAGAAGAAUGUCAACGGCAAUAAGGAGGAUAGAUUAGCUGAAAAAGAAGUUGAUGAAAGUGCUAUGAUGGUUGACGUUAUUGAACAUGAUAUUCCUGAUGACUAUAGCUCAGAUGGAGAUGAUUCUGACGCAGAUUUUGGCCUACAACAAGAAAAGUUACAUGAAUCUAUAAGUAUAGAAUAUCAGCGAUUAAAAGAACAACUACUUUCAAAAAUGGAAUCUGAAGGUAAAGUGAAUAUUCGUUGGAAUGAACCACAAGAAUUGGAACCAAUAGAUGAAUUCGGAAACUUGGUGAAAACAAGUAAGUUCAAAUCGCAACGGUCCCUGUUUAACUAA